AGUGAGUUAUGCAGUGCUGAAUAUCCUAAUAAUAUAAUCGUCAUUAUACUCAAUGUUCACAAUGAGAUACAAGGAAACUACAGUAUACCACCAGAAGUUCACAAUCAAAUGGAGAUAAUUAAAGGAGAUGUAUCUAUGCCUAAUAAUUUAACUGCAUUCACUGUUAUUGUAUCAAUGAGCAAUAUGGGAGGAGAGUUCCUACCUAUACCACCAUUUAAAUAUGCUAAAGUGGGACCAGUCACUGACAUUAAACCUUCACCUGAAAACUGUGAUGUUCUUAAUAUAACAUGGGUUGCUCCUCAUAGUUCAUCUAAUAUAUAUGGAUACCAUUUUAUCCUAUCUGACAAUAUCACUGGUGCUGUUUUGAUUGAACGACAUGUUUUCCCUCAAACUAAUUUUCAGUUUCCUGAUCCCAAAUUAUUCAGUCGUCAUUAUAAAUUUGUUAUAGCUGGAGUCAAUAAAUUAGGGGAUGGAAUAUCUAGGGAAAAAAUAUUCUCUAUUCAAGAAGUUCCUAAGUCAGUUGAGGGUACUUCUGUACACUUUAUAGAGCAAGACCGUGACAACCAUGACAAUGCUGUUUACAAGCUAACUAUACCAAUUAAAUUAGAGUGUGCUCCUAAGGCUCCUCUGCAUACUAAUAUCAGUAUACUGUGUAAUGAAACUGACCUUGUAUAUGAGAAUAAUUCAUUAGUUGAGUAUUCUUUUGGAGAAAAUCUUACAAGGGUCGUAUCAGUACCUAUGCAUCAACAGUGCAAUAUCACUAUUGUGUUUAGUAAUGGAGCUGGCCAAAGUGAAUCAUUUAUACUAGCAUUUGAUACAACAACUCCAGUUGCUUCAACAUCAACUACACCUUCUCCAACACAAACACCAUCUCCUACAAAACCUCCACCAAAUAUAGGGCUUAUCAUUGGUUGUGUUGUUGCAGCAGUCUUCUUGAUCGUAACUUGUAUUGUCAUAGCAAUCAUAGGAUACAAAUGCAGGAAGAACUGUUGCAAGAAAUGUAAAAAGUGAAUGAUUGAAGCGAUAAAGCUCUUAGUGAUGUAUAAAAGAAUCACUUACUGCUGCAAACUAAUUUGAAUGCUACCUCUUGAUGCUGAUGCUAUAUAUCAUUAUUGCCAACUAUGCUGUCAUUACAUUAAUUUUUUUCUAUGAUUAUUUUUAACAUCAUAGUGUAUAAUAAGCAAAAUUUGUUAAUAUUAUUAACAAAUUUUG